AUGGCCCCUAAGGCGUGGAUCAUGACUCAUCUGAGGGAGUUGGUGUGGUUUCCAGCGAGUGGGUUUAGUGAAGGGCCGGUGGCGGAAGACAUUUACGAAUGGCAAGCAAUGCUGUUGGGCCCCUCUAGUAGUCCAUACGAAGGGGGCAUCUUCUUCAUCUCCAUCCGUUUCCCACCGGAUUACCCCUUCAAGCCACCAAUGGUGUCAUGGAAGACGCCGAUUCUGACCCCAACAUCGACAAACCCGCGUCUUCCAUCCGUUACUCGUCACCGCUACCUGGAAGGUUGGAACGACGGUGAAGGAACUCCUCCAAGCGCUCCAUGA